AGGCUGGCCUGCCCAGUCCUCUGUCUGUCAUCUCUCAGCAGAUUUAGCUGCUGACAGCUGCUUGGGACUCUGCUGCCAGCCCCUGGCCAAGACUGCUGUCUCUCCUCUCUCUCAGUGACUCCUCAGCCACAGCCCAUCCAUGGCCCAGAAAGAAGAGGCCGCUGAGGCUUCUGCGCCUGCCUCACAGAAUGGCGAGGAUCUGGAGGACCUGGAUGACCCUGAGAAACUGAAGGAGCUGAUUGAGCUGCCGCCCUUUGAGAUCGUCACAGGGGAGCGGCUACCUGUCAACUACUUUAAGUUUCAGUUCCGGAAUGUAGAGUACAGUUCUGGGCGAAACAAGACCUUCCUCUGCUAUGUGAUCGAAGUGCAGGACAAGGGAGGCCAAGUGCAGGCAUCCCGGGGAUACCUGGAGGAUGAGCAUGCUACUGCCCAUGCAGAGGAAGCCUUCUUCAACACCAUUGUGCCAACAUUCGACCCAGCACUGCGGUACAACGUCACCUGGUACGUGUCCUCUAGUCCCUGUGUGGCUUGCGCUGACCGCAUCAUCAAAACCCUCGGCAAGACCAAGAACCUGCGCCUACUCAUUCUGGUGGGGCGCCUCUUCAUGUGGGAGGAGCCCGAGAUCCAGGCUGCUCUGAGGAAGCUGAAGGAGGCUGGCUGCAGACUGCGCAUCAUGAAGUCCCAGGACUUCGAGUACAUCUGGAAGAAUUUUGUGGAGCAAGAAGAGGGCGAAUCCAAGGCCUUUGAGCCCUGGGAGGACAUUCAGGAGAACUUCCUGUAUUAUGAGGAGAAGUUGGCAGACAUCCUGAAGUAGGCCACUAGGCUCAGCCUCACGUCUGCCUGCUGCUACCGAGACAGCAGUGACACGUAUGGCCAUCUGGGACAUGCCUGACUUCCUAAUACCACUUGGAGCUGGACAACAUUCGACACCAACCAAUCCCACUGAAAAAAGGCCCUCUGAGGACUCAAAAUACACUUCUUAUGCUGUAAAUCAUUUUAGCUGUGCCUCUCUCUCUAAAGCUGUCCUUGGGAAAGAGGGGAGUUGCAAGAAGACACAGUAAUCAUCAUGGAUGCAAAGCAUCUGUGGGGCUGAGGGUCCUAUUCCCCCAAAUGGUCCACUUAAGGCAAAGAGCCUCAGACCCAAGAUCUGCCCAAAUCUUUGAAAUGUGUCUAGAAAUGCAUUUUAUGUUAAAUUGGUUAAAAAAAAAACAAACCCAGCAACAUUAAUAAAAGAAGUGGUAUGGUUUUUCUGUGACCAGAUUUAAGGAACUUGGACGUUUCAUAGAAGUUGCUAUGGAGAGCAAUCAAGUCUCAGGAAUAGGGAUGUCCCAAGCUAUGAACCAAGCCAUGAGAUUAUAAAGUGGGAGGAAGGCUUUAACCAGGACUUGUGUAUGAAACACAGGAUACUAACUCUCUCAUAUAGACUUCUCACAUUGGUCUUGACUUUCAUAAAAUAUUUUCUUCUGAGAUUACUUGUGCCUUUUCCCUUCUCUGAAGACAAAGAAUAUGGCAGAGGGUGAAAUAAAAAGCACAAGAAAUGUGUUGAUAUCUAUAUCCCAAAGGCCAAUUAAUAAGCAAUUAGCCUCUUAAUUAAAGAGAAGGUGAGGUAGGAUUUCAGUGUUCAGAUACACAUAAUGUAAGAGUAGUCAACAUGUGGUACUUGAUGGUGAAGGCAGGAUAAUGUCAAAGUCUUAUUUCUUAAAAGGUUUGAGGCCUACGUAGAAGUAAAACUUCACAUGUGAAUUUCUGGGUGUUUGUCAAACUCUAACUAGGUUUCCAGGAAUAACGUGUUCAUUCUGAUUAUCAGGCAAUACCUCCUUUCCCCAGGCUUUGAGUGUGAUAAGUCAUCGGAAUUUGACCCGAAGACUAUCUGCAAAUGACAAAGCACUUUAUCACAUCUCUGCUGAGUCCCAGAAUUCCACUUAUAUCCAGUCUUCAGCGAGACCAAGCUGUUAAAAGAAUGAAGGUUCAUACUCCAUGAAAAAAAUUCACCCUAAUCCUUUCAACAUAGAAGCCUGCAAAACCAAUGUUUUAACCCAAGUCUUAAAGAUUUAUUUGCAGUUAGCAAAAUACUUUAACUUUCCUCUUAUCACCCCACUCUCAUUUUCAGUUUUGUGUAUUUAAACAUUUUUUCUCAUCACUUUCCCCCUUUCAAUUUUUUACUAUCUGCAUGUGGACAGAAGCGAAGUUUCAAGAAAAGCUUCAGUCUAAAAGUCUGAUAAUGAACUUGUUCCUACACUACUCCAUCCCAACAACAUGGAGAACCUAUAUGUUCCACACAGAGAUACAAAAGAAGUGAAAUACUUUUCAAACUGCUGCCUCGUAUCAGGCUGCAAUGUGAUAAGAACACAAGUCUAAAGUACAAAGAUUACAUUUAACCAGUUUUUUUCCUGGUACUUCAACAAGCCCAUUCUAAAAUCUAGUUCUUUUAUGCUUGGGAAAGCAGCAAGUCCUGUGAAGACCCAGAAUUCACUCUAGGGAGAAAAUCAGUAAUAGAUCUAUUUUAACUCCUAACGCUGCAGUUAAGGAGGGAAAAAAGGAAAACGCUACUAGUU